UUUGCAGCUGAGACCUUGGAUCAAUGACAGCAUUACUUGCCUCACUGGGAGCUGCACCCAAGUUCGAAUCCUCAAUGAGGAAUGUAAAACCUAUGUUAGUAGUAGGAAUGUGUGUGAGUGCGUGUGUGUUGUGUAAUAUAUUAAGACAAAAAGAAAAAAAAAAAGGGUCAGCAUUUGGAUGACAUGUGAUGUGGACUUGAAUGGAAUUAUUAAGUUCACAACAAUAAAAAUAGAAUGACUAUCAAAUUUGAGAACUAUCAUUGUAUGUGCCAAUCCUUGAAAAUUCUGAGUGUAUCAAAAGUUAUUACUUAGAUUAAAAUACAUAAAUUGUAUUUUUAUUGAUAGAUUUACACCCUACAUAGCAGCAUUGGGAGGUGAAGAAGAAUGCAAUGAAUGCAUGGUAAAAUGUGGCAUGGACGGUGGCAGCAUAUUCUAAUUCUGAUACUACUACAUGGAAAAAGCGUGCGAGUUUAAUUACAAAAUUGCCCCAACUAUUUCCGGUGACAUUAAUAGUCAAUUGCUGACCUCUCACCGCGGUCAACUGUCCUCGGCCAUGGAGCUCCCCUCUCUGAAACUGCAAUCGCAAAGGCUCUUCUUGUCUCCACGGAGGAGUCAAAGUCAAAGAAAGAAAGUGGUGGUGGUCACGGCCAAGAGAAGGUCAAACAUCGAAGGUGUGAGCGACGAGUUGAAUGCCAUCGCUUCUCAGAACUUGGACUUGGCACCCUCUCGCAGAAUGGUCCGUGCUGCUUUCCUACCGGUGCACCAGCACCUCGACCAUUACUUGUUCAAGGCUGCUCCUGCUGGGAUCAGAACUCAAGAGUGGUAUGAAACGAAUUCCAGGGGAUUCGAAAUUUUUUGCUAUUCGUGGUUAGUAGUUGUUAGUUUGAAGGUCGUUCUCUGUUUCUGCCAUGGAUAUGGCAGCACUUGCACCUUCUUUUUUGAAGGUCUUGCCAAGAGAAUUGCUGCUUCUGGAUAUGCUGUUUAUGCUAUGGAUUACCCAGGUUUUGGCCUUUCUGAAGGCUUACAUGGUUACAUUCCAAAAUUUGAUGAUCUGGUUGAUGAUGUUAUAGAACAAUACGCAAAAAUUAAAGCAAAGCCUGAGCUUAGAGAGUUGCCUGGAUUUCUAUUGGGGCAGUCAAUGGGUGGAGCCAUUGCCCUUAAAGUUCAUUUGAAGGAACCAAAUAAUUGGGAUGGGGUAAUCCUUGUAGCACCAAUGUGUAAAAUUGCAGAAGAAAUGUUACCAUCUAAGGCAGUUUUGAAGGCAUUGGAUCUUUUGUCUUAUGUGAUGCCAAAGGCAAAACUGUUCCCAUACAAAGAUUUAUCCGCAUUGACAUUCAGAGAACCAGGCAAGAGAAAAGUGGCCAACUACAAUGUUCUAUCUUAUGAUGAUCCAACAAGACUCAAAACUGGCAUGGAACUCUUAAGUGCCACACAGGAUAUUGAGUCACAACUGCAUAAGGUUUCGGCUCCAUUGUUGAUUCUUCAUGGAUCAGAAGACAAGGUGACAGAUCCAUUGGUCAGCCAAUUUCUUUAUGAGAAAGCUUCUAGUAAGGAUAAGAUUAUGAAGAUUUAUGAAGGAGGUUACCAUGGCAUUUUGGAAGGGGAACCUGAUGACAGAAUUUUUGCUGUCCAUAAUGACAUUAUUUCAUGGCUUGCAUUUUUUUUUACCAAAGAUAGGAGACUCGAACCCGCAACCUCUUAAUUGAGUAUGAGGAAACUAUGCCAUUUGAACUAUUAUUUAUUGGCUUGGACACCUCUCCAUUUGUUGAGAGGAUACAUCGGCAAUAAAUUCA